AGGCAUGGAUAAGUUAUUAUAUAAAUUACACACAAUUUAAUGUAUAAUGAAUUUACAGUUUGGUUGUUCUUUCUGACAUUAGAGUCAGUAGGAACAGUCUGCUAUAAAGUCUGUUUGUGUAGCACAUAAAGAGAUAUAGAAAUAUUGUCUUCGCAUUAACAAAAAACCCAGACAUCAGAUGAAUGUAAUACAGAUAUCUGGGAAAAAUAAAGCUUGAAGUCAAUUCUCCUAUAUAACUUUGUUGUGAGCAGCACCCAUGGCUUAAAGAUUAUUGAUGUAUUAUGUUGAGAUCAGUGAUAUAUUUAUUCCAUUUUUUCAGCAGUCUUAUCGUAGUUUCAUAACAGGAAAGAAAUUUGAUCGUGGAUACGAAAACUAAAUAAGGUCAUGUUGGGUUGUUUUACUGCAUCAAAUGGUGCCGAGGUCGAUUCCAGAAUCCUCCAUUUGCUCCAUUUGUGUCUGCAUGGCGGACUGUAUUCUUGCUUCUUCAUUUCAGAUCAUGAAUACUCAUUUACAGCAUGUUCGCCAGCGUCUUCAAAUGGUAGAAUUGGAUCGUUCAUGGAAUUUGAGUGUUUAGAUGCAGGGUUGUUCGACCUCGACCAGAAGAUGAAUAGGAGCAGCAAAAUACCAGAAAGAGAAAGUAUGUGAACAUGAAAAGGACAUUAAUACAUGGUUCAUUUAUAAAUGUUUAUCUUAAUUAUACUUAAGUAAACAUUUUUCUAUAUUGUAUCUGCGUUUUCACGUAUUUAUGCGAAGUCUUAGAGUUUAUUUAAUGUCAUAAUGUGUAUUAAUAGUCUGAGCGUUUUUAUUGUUCUAAUGACUGAUGCGUUUUAGAAAUAAGU